CAAAAUUAUUAUUGGACUUGUACCAAACCUACCAUUCAAUGGUAACACAGAGAAAGAUUAAGACUUUUAAAAAAAAUGUGGGAAAAAACCACUGAAGAGUUAAAAGAAAAAGGUUAUGAUGUUGAUGUAGACCAAGCAGAAAACCGUUUUAAAACUUUAAAAAGAAAUUAUGUGGAUACUAAACAUCAUUACAAACAAACUGGAAAUGAAAGAAAAACAUGUGCUUAUGAAGAUGAAUUGCAAGUUCUCCUUGGUAAACGCCAUAAUAUUAACCCCGUAGUAACCGGUGACCGAAUCGGAGUCUAUAUAUCAAGUUCAAAUAUAGUUAACUCAUCGGAUAGAGAAAUAUCGGAAGUAUCAGAUGGCAUAGAAGAAUAUAUAUAUGAUCCCAAUACUUCUCAUACCUCAAUAGAUUCUUCAUAUCCAAGCAUAAGCAAUGAAAUAUGCAGGGAAAGACCAAAAACCAUAACCACUGCCAGUGGUUUGCAACUCUGCAAUGGAAGUCUGCAACAAAUAAAAAAUGCUAUAUCUACACGCCAUAUGGAACGCCAACAAUUUGAAAAUAAAUUACUUGUGAAAUAUACAGAAGAGACUGAAAAGGCAGAGACAUUUCGCAAUAGUAUCUUAAAAAUAAAAGAGGAAUAA